AUGAAGAAUAUCUCAAAAUAUCAAGCAUUCAACCAUCUCCAAAGUAUAAGUGUUAAGAAAAUGUCUGGACUUGUGGAUAUUUGGACUAGCAAGGUGGCCAAGCUGCGCAACAACAAGGGUGAAGCUGAAGCCACAGUCUCAUCAAGUGGGUCUGUCCCAACCAGCCCUGGGGCUAGCCAGGUGAACCUUGAAGAAGAAAGGAGCACCCUCGGAAUAUUAUCACCCAUCUUUGCCAAACUCUCGCCGGCAGCGAUCUGCUCUGACACCUCAGUCUCCAUGCUCGUGGAUUGCUUUAGUCCUUGA